AUGGCAGAGUCAGACGGUUUUGCCGAUAGUAAGGACGAUCCCGUUAUCUCUGGAGAGGUAGCGAAGGUUGGAAUGCCAUUGCGCUGUCCGGCAUUUACUCCGGAGGAACCAGCAUUAUGGUUCGCGCAGCUUGAAGGCCAAUUUAUUCUGUCUAGAAUAACUAGCGACUCGACCAAAUUUUAUUAUGUGGCCACUCAGCUUGAGACUCAAUACGCCAAGCAAGUUAAAGAUAUAAUCACCAACCCUCCGGAGACGAAUAAAUUUGAGAAGCUUAAAUCCGCACUUAUCAGUAGGCUGUCUGCGUCUCAGGAAAAGCGGAUCCAGCAACUCCUACUUCACGAGGAGCUAGGUGAUCGCAGACCUUCUCAGUUCUUGCGACACCUGCAGGGUCUCGCAGGCCCUUCAGGUGGCUCCGAUUUUGUGAAAAGUGUCUGGACUAGUCGGUUACCCCAGAAUAUUCAGACUGUCAUCGCGUCGCAAAUUUCUGAAUUACAGGUGGAGAAGUUAGCGGAAAUCGCAGACCGUGUGCACGAGAUAGCACCGAUGACACCGCAAGUCGCGAGCACCUCCUCUUCCGCAAGUGCUGCUUCUACGGACCUGGCGGCUCAAGUAAGCGAGCUGACAAGGCAGGUUGCCGCGCUCAAGUCGCAACUGAGCAGCAGAGGGAGGCAUCGCUCGCGCUCACGAUCCGGCGGGAGCCGUCGAAGGUAUGACCGAUCUAGCUCUAGACUGAAGCAGCCACCCGAUAAUCAUCCGCACUGCUUCUACCAUUUUAAUUACGGAGUGAAGGCUCGGAAAUGCAGGAACCCUUGCCGUCUGUUCGUCACCGACCGGAUAUCGAAAACGCAGUUCCUCGUAGACACUGGGUCAGACUUAUGCGUUUUCCCCCGGUCUGCUGUGAAGACGCCCUGCAUUCGAUCGAGGUAUGAUCUGGUAGCUGCCAAUAACACCGUGAUCCACACGUACGGUGCCUUACACCUCACGCUGAAUCUAGGCCUCAGAAGGAGCUACCGCUGGACCUUCACCAUCGCAGAUGUAUCGAGAGCCAUUAUCAGUGUGGACUUCCUCAACUUCUAUGACCUGCUGGUGGAUUGUAGGAACCAACGUCUGAUUGACAAUACCACGACUUUAUCUGUUCCUGCUACGAAUGGCAACUCCGGGGACAUCGCGUCUGUGAAGGCUGUGGUUGGUGACAGCGAGUAUCACCAAAUUUUACGUGAGUACCCAGAGAUUACCCGCCCACCAGGCAGACAGCUACCCGGCAAGCACAACACGGUGCACUACAUCAGGACGACGCCAGGACCCCCGGUAGCAUGCAAGCCUCGACGUCUAGACCCUGCUCGGCUGCAGGCAGCGAAGAAGGAAUUCGAGGAAAUGCUCGCCAGUGGUGUAGCACGACCUUCGGAGAGUGCGUGGUCCGCACCGCUGCACUUGGUGAAGAAGAAAGACGACGGUUGGAGACCAUGUGGCGACUACAGGGCACUGAACGCGCGAACAAUACCUGACAGGUACCCCGUCCGCCACAUUCACGACUUCUCUCACCAGCUCGCAGGCUGUACCGUAUUCUCUACGAUAGACCUCGUAAAGGCCUAUAACCAGCUGGCGAUAAACCCGGACGACAUACCGAAGACCGCCAUCACGACACCCUUUGGUUUGUUUGAGUUCCCCUUCAUGACCUUUGGUUUGAGGAAUGCGGCUCAGACUUUCCAAAGGUUCAUAGACGAGGUGUUACUUGGCUUGGACUUCUGCUAUGGCUACAUCGACGACAUUAUAGUAUUUUCCGCGUCUCCUGAAGAGCACAAGACGCACUUACGCCUAGUAUUUGACCGGUUAAGACAGUACGGCAUAGUAAUUAACACAGCUAAGUGCAAUGUCGGUCAAACAGAGGUUGCAUUUUUAGGAUACCGAGUGUCAGCCGAAGGGACUAGGCCCCUGGAGACAAAGGUGCAGGCAAUCCAGGAAUUCCCAAUACCCAAGACGGUUAAGGAGCUGCGCAGAUUCUUGGGUAUGAUAAACUUUUAUCGCCGAUUCGUCCCAAACGCAGCUAAGCUUCAAGCACCUUUGAACGCUGUCCUUGCUGGCCCCAAGGUAAAAGGGUCACAUCCGGUAGAUAUGACUCCGGAACUGCUGAGGGCCGUUGACGACUGCAAGUCUUCGCUAUCCCAAGCGACUCUCCUGGCUCAUCCUGACGCUACAGCAGAACUAGCCAUCGUGACCGACGCAUCCGACACUGCCAUAGGAGCUGUUCUUCAACAACGCAAAGGUGAGAACUGGGAACCUCUAGCCUUCUACUCUCACAAGCUCAGCAGUGCUCAGAGGAAGUACAGCCCGUAUGACCGAGAGCUGCUAGCAGUAUACGAGGCCAUCAAAUACUUCCGGCACAUGGUGGAGGCUAGAGCGUUCGCUGUCUUCACGGAUCACAAGCCCCUCACCUUUGCCUUCAAGUCAAAUAAGGAGAGCUGCUCACCGAGACAGUUCCGGUACCUUGACUUCAUCGGACAGUUCACGACGGACAUAAGGUACUUACCCGGGCCAGAGAACGUUGUUGCAGACGCGCUGUCGCGUGUGGAAGGGAUAUCUGCAGCUGGCAUUAAUUUCGAGGAUCUUGCAAAACUUCAGGACGAGGAUCCAGAACUGCAAAAUCUACUACGUCACGGCUCGUCACUGAGGCUAGAGAAGUUAGCCACUACCUGCAGCAACUACUUGCCAGUGUAUUGCGACGUGUCGAUGCAGAUCCCUCGCCCGUACUGCCUUACCGUCAUCGACAGGUUCACCCGAUGGCCUGAGGCGUACCCGCUUAAGGACAUCACGGCGGAGAGCUGCGCCGCCGCGCUGGUGUCUGGCUGGAUAGCCAGGUUCGGUUGUCCUGCACGGGUGACCACUGACCGUGGUCGCCAGUUCGAGAGCCACCUCUUCAAGGCGCUCACAGUCUUGGUUGGCGCGCACCAUCUUCGCACCACUGCCUAUCAUCCAGCGGCGAACGGCAUCGUGGAGCGACUUCAUCGGCAGCUGAAGGCUGCUAUCAUGUGCCACGAUACUUCCCAGUGGACCGAGGCCCUGCCACUGGUACUGCUCGGAAUGCGUAGCGCUUGGAAAGACGACAUCCAAGCUACGCCGGCCGAGCUCGUCUACGGGGAGACACUCCAUCUUCCUGGCCAGUUCCUGUCACCGAGAGAGGACUACGCUGCCGCUGACGUCACCGAGUUUGCCAACCGGCUGCGCCAGCAUAUGGUCAAACUCGCUCCCCGACCAACUGCGUGGCAUACGACGGCUACGCCAUUCUAUGUGCCCCGAGACCUGCACAGCUCUUCUCAUGUGUUCCUGCGACGAGACCACGUCAGGAGUUUGCUGGAACCACCCUACGCUGGACCCUACAGGGUGAUACAAAGACACCCAAAGUACUUCACCAUUGAUGUACAAGGUAGACCAAACAACGUCUCCAUUGAUCGUCUCAAACCGGCCUACGUGAUGCAUGAAGACACUAGGGACGUUGGGCCAGCGACCACUACCACUACUACCAACUCGAACACUCCGGCUGCUGGCGACGCGGAGAAGACGACAAGAAGUGGACGUCGAGUGAAAUUCCCUGACUUCUAUCGACCGUAG